AUGUUUAUUCUAAUUGAGAAAAAUAAAUAGUUUGUUUUCAUAAUAUAAUAAAAAAUAUAUCAUAUAUUAUAACUUGAACCGUGCAUUACGUUAGAACAAAACAAUAAAUUUAACAAUUUAUUUCAAAAAUAUAAUAAAACAGCUUCAAUGUUAUAAAUUUUAUUAGCUGCGUAAAUUUACCUAUUGUGUACGAUACUUUAAAUAAAUAUUGUAAAAAUAUAUUAAUGAAAAACUAUAAGAUGGCUUCGUGUAACACUGAUAUGCAAGAUCGACUAAAAUUAUUUAAAUUUACAAAAAUAUUAACAUUGAAAGUGGCUCAGAUAGUUGUCCAAAGCAGACAAGGGAAAAAAAUAGCUCACGAUUGCAAUGUAAUCAAACCCUCGGAUGAUGGCCCGCCACCUUCGCCCACCAGCUUGCAAUGGUUCAAUUUGUCCAUACCAGACAUGCCCGAAGUGAACACUGAUACCAAACGAGUGAUAAACGGGGAAGUUAUCGAAGCGUUAACAAACGUGCUGUGCAUUGAAAUAUUCUUACGGACAAAUGAUGGCGACGAGAUGGUGUUAGAGCAGUGGACAGUGCGCAUGGCACCGGGCUGCGACAUCAGCAUCAGCUCGGUUUCCACUAUAUACUACCGCAUGAGUAUUAUGCUCAAGUCUACAUUAAGUAUUUCAAGGAUAACACCUGCAUACAAACUAUCCAGAUUACAAAAUAAAGAGUCCUAUGUUAUUUCUCAUAAAAUUUUUGGUGGGAAACCAAAUUUAGAUCUAUUAGGAGAAAAACACAAAACAAUCAAAGUGAGCGAGCUACAUACUCCAAUAGGCACGAUUCAGAUAGAGGUCGUAUACAGGACGAAGAUGACAAUAUUGCCCGAGGACAGGAAACCCGUAGAAAAAAAUGUUCUGAUGACGAGCGACGGCAUUAUGAUUAAAAGCGAUCACUUCCCGAAGGAAAGCCCCAGGAAAAAUUAUCAUGAAAAGAAAGAAAUAGAUCUCUCCAAGCCCUUGACAGCGGGAGCAUUUGUGGACACCGCUAAGAUGAAGGAAUUACACGAAACUUUGAGUCAGCAGCUGCCUCCGGAGCCUCCUAUGAUGUGGAUCCUCGCCGAGAAGGACAAAAUGGAUAAAAAGAUGCAGCUGCUGUCCCUAGCGGAGUGCGUGUCGGAGGCGGGGCCGGACCCGGGCUGUCCGGCGGCAGCGGCCGUGGCGGGCUGCAGCAGCGGCCGCGCCGGCGCCAGCAAGGCCAUCGAUGUGCCCAGGAUCAGGGACAGCAACAAGUACACCAGUCUCAUGGAGUUCCCGUUCGCCGACGGCAGCCCGAUGACGGAGCUGGCGAGCUUCUACCAGGAGUGCGUAGCUGCGCGCGCAGCGGCAGGCGAAUGGGAGCCGGCGCCCGAGCGCGACGUGCUAGCGCGCGACGUGCUGGCGCGACAGCUGCAGGCCUACGAGGACGCCGUGCCCGAGUUCGACAACAUGCUGGCCGCCAUGCUCAGCGACUCUGACCACGCCGCCGACUUGGCCGAAGGGCGGACCCGAUCCAUCGCCGGGAAAAAGAAGCAAAUAUAAAUUCAGAAUAUUUAUAUAACAAAUGAGCUGAUCUGCUCGUUCUAUAUCGGCUCUACGUGUACUGUGUACUAUGAGAUGUUGAAAAUAUAUAGUAUUUAUAUAUAUAUAUAUAUUGUAGAGGUAAUCGGGCGUAGUGAACGUAGUUCUAUCCUCACUGAUAGUUUGUUACAUCGUUUGGGAGCGCAGGUUGGACUGACGUGGGACGUGGGACGUGGGACGUGGGACGUGACGUGUGGAACGUGCGACGAAGGGUUUUGUACUGGCUUCGAGUAUAUUAGGGUUACGUUGUUUCUUUUUGCCUAAUGUUAAAUUGACGUUUCUCACGCUGCUGUGUCGUUGAAUCGAUGGUGCCUUACGUUAAGGAAGAGGGAUUUUAAUUUGUUAUUAUAAUAAACAUAUGCCUAUGUGCCAAUCGGAUGUUUUAGCGUAUUACUUACGUACUUAGGUUUUAAUUAGUGCGCGAGUGCUGAGUUCGUUCGUCCGCUCGUCGCGCUUGAGACUCGAUAUUCGUAACACUGCUAGUCAAAAUGUAUAAACAAAUUGCACUUUGUAAUGUUACGUUCAUUGCUGGGGAACCUCUUGUCCAGUGUCCAACAAGUGAACUAACAAAGUCAUUAAAAAAGGUACUCUGCUAAAAUGAUUGCUUUUUAAUAUAUUGUUAAAAUGUUUAUUGUAUCGAAUCCAUAUCAAGUAUGAACUGUACUCGUGAAACAAGCGACUGUUUAAUUAGGCGAUUCAUUUAUAAUAUUAAACAUUUAAUCAGUGUGCGUGUGUUUGUGUGUGCGUGUGUGCGUGUGUGCGUGCGUGGAUGCGUGCGUGCUUGGGUGUGUGUCUGCAAAAGUUUACUAUAUUUGACAAUUUUAUUACUUUCCGUUUUAUGUAAAAUAUCCGUUUUAGUAAUUUAUUAAUGAUGGUUAUUAUAUAUUAAUCUCUGAACAUAUUUAUAGUGUAGCGUAUACGGAGUGCGUCUGCGUCUGCCAGCGCACGAUAGGAGCAUUCCAGUGAGUGAGUCCGAGUUGUGAGUUGCGUUGCCUUGCGUGUUGUGUCACUGCUAAUACUUUACGUAACGUUGUAAACGUUAACGCUGCGGAGCUCUGGAGCAUUCGACAGAUAUUAUAAAUAUGUUGACGUUUUAUUCUCAGGGCGUGUUUAAAUAUAUGUUGCGUUGUAGAA